AUGGAUUUUCCACGUUUCGAUAGCGAUAAUCCAAAAGGAUGGCUUAGUAAAUGUGAUUAUUUCUUUCAGAUGCAUGAGAUUCCUGAAUUUAACAAAGCUAGAAUAGCUUCAAUGCAUUUUGAUGUCAAGGCAGCUAAAUGGUUUGAGAAUUUUCGAUUAAAUAGACCUCAUAUCUCUUGGCAAGACUUAACUAGUAAUGUUUAUCUUCGUUUUGAAAAUCCUGCUCAUGAAAACAUUGUUGGUCUGUUCAAUAAAUUGUCUCAACUUACAACUGUGGAUGCUUAUUUUGAGGAAUUUGAACAUCUGAAGGCACUACUAUUAAGUAAACACAAUAUCUUCACAGAAGAAUAUUUCAUUAAAAGUUUUAUUGGUGGGAUGAAAGAAGAAUUAAGAGAGCCAGUGCUUAUGUUUGGUCCUACCACACUGUUAACUGCCUUCUCUCUAGUUAGAAUGCAAAAGAAAACUCUGUCUCUACAAAAAAAGUCUGUGAAAGCUCGAAAAUCCAGAGGUCUCUGUUAUAAUUGUAAUGAAGUCUACAAAAGGGGUCAUAUAUGCAAACAACAACAUCUGUGUUUGAUGAUUGGAACUCAGAGUGAAGACAAUACCCUGGAAUUUGAAGCAGCUACUCACCCUGAAGAAGAGGACUCACCUAUGGAGAGUGACAUGGAAAUUUCCCUUCAUGCAUUGACAGGUAAUAAUUCUGGUAAGACUAUUCGAAUUCCUGGUCUUAUUGACAAGAAAUCUAUAUCUGUGUUUAUAGAUACAAGAAGCACAUAUAGUUUCAUUCAUACUGACAUUGCUAGGAAACUCAACUGUUCCAUUGAGCCAACUGCUAGCAUGUUAGUCACUGUAGCUAAUGGUGAUAGAACUGUCAGUAAUGGUAUAUGCUCAAACUUAAAUUGGUCUAUGCACAACCACAAGUUUUCUGGGAGUUUAAGACUUUUACCACUUGGUGGCUGUAAUUUGGUUUUGGGAGAUGAUUGGCUGAAGCAAUUGGGUGAUCAUGAUGAGUGGCAAUGCAGCUACAAGAUUCUUCAAAAACACACUCAUGGCCUGAUUGGCCAACUUUUUUCCAUCUCCACUUCACCAACACCUACUCCUCCCCCACCUCCAAUUUCAGAAUUAAUUAAUCAAUAUUCUGAUAUUUUUUCUGAGCCAAAAUCCCUUCCACCUCAGAGAAACCUAGACCACUCAAUUCCACUUAAGACAAAUUCUUUUGCUGCUCCCAUACAUUUGGUCAAAAAGAAGGACAACACAUGGAGGUUUUGUGUUGAUUAUAGGAAACUUAACAAUAUCACAGUCAAGGAUAAAUUUCCAAUUCCAAUUAUAGAGGAGUUUCUUGAUGAAUUACAUGGCAAGAUUUUUUUUUCGAAGAUUGAUUUAAGAGCUGGAUAUCACCAAAUAAGGGUAACUUCUGCUAACAUUUACAAGACUGCAUUCAGAACUCAUCAUGGCCACUUUGAAUUCAAAGUGAUGCCAUUUGGACUUACCAAUGCACCUGCUACUUUCCAAGCUCUUAUGAAUGACAUCUUUCAAGACCACUUAAGGAAAUUCAUCUUGGUGUUCUUUGAUGAUAUCCUUGUAUAUAGUUCUUCCUUGGAGGAGCAUCUUUUGCACUUGCAACUUACACUGGAUAUAUUGAGAAAACAUCAGCUAUUUGCCAAUUUUUCCGAGUGCUGUUUUGGCCAACAUGAGCUAGAGUAUUUGGGACAUAUCAUUACUGCUGAAGGGGUUAAAGCUGACCCUGCAAAAAUUUCUGCUAUGAUCAAUUGGCCAAUUCCACAUACACUCAAAGAACUCAGAGGAUUCUUGGGCCUCACUGGAUAUUACAGGAAAUUUGUGAAAAAUUAUGGCCUCAUUAGCAUACCACUCACUGACUUACUCAAGAAAAAUGCUUUCCUUUGGUCCCCUGCAGCUACAUCAGCCUUUCAACAGCUCAAGGAAGCCAUGUCCUCUACUCCUAUAUUAGCUAUACCAAAUUUCAAUAAGUCAUUUGUUGUUGAAACUGAUGCUUGUGAUACUGGUAUUGGUGUUGUUCUGCUACAAGAGGGCAAACCACUAGAUUUAUACAGUAAAACCUCUAGGACCAAAAGCAGCUGCUAUGUUUAA